AUGAUUUAUGAGCUACCGAGAAGAAGAACAGUCAUGGAGAUUUCGUUCAACAAAAAAGAAAAACUAGAGAGGAAAUUAUAUCAGUUACUAGCUCAUAACACAAAUGUUGUUUCCUUAAAUGUUACUAACAUGGAUCAGUCGACAGAAGAUUUCAAAGGAGGGUCGAGAGUGUUCUCUUCAAGUCAAGCUUCGCAAACGAUGAUGAAUAAUUAG